AUGUUUAGGGAGGAAUCACCUAAAGCUAGAUCUCGUUACACAUCUAAAUGGACUCGCGAAGUCAUUGAACAAACUGAUGCAGGGCGAGAUGUAGAAUACAACUAUCGGGAAGAGUCUCGUCGACCUCGUGCCUAUAGCGAAAGACAAAAGAAAUCGACUCGUGCUCCAUCUCGCUCACCUUCAUACAGGAGGACUACUCCUAGACGCUCAUCAUCUCAAAAGCCUCCUCACAGAUCAACACGAGGAUGCCUCCCUGGCUUCCUAGCAUGGCUUUUGGUCAUCGCUGGGGUAUACACUACCUGGUAUACUUCAGCCAUCAGCACUCAAACUGCACAGCAAACUUUGCCCAGUUUUUUCGGGUUCGGCAACACCAGAUUGUCCGAGAGUUCAAUUGAACGUUUAAUCCCUAAUAUCGUGCAUAUCCUAUCCGAAGACCAUGGCAAUAUCAUCGAGGCAAUUAAGCUCCACGACGAGUUUCCAACAAACGACAUCUCACACUUUCCAGGCAAAUCCCGUGACUCGAUGCAGGAAAAGAUCUCAAUCAUCACGCAACACCGCGAUAUUAAACGGGCUCUUGGACGUAUCAAGAAUGACAGAGAUCAAAUACUGCAUACGAUCAGCCGCGAAUCCACAUCACUAAUACAUUCUUUCGAACUACAGAAAAAGUCCAUGGAUCCUUGGAAAGGACAUGAGAAUAAAGUCAUCGACACUGUUAACAAAUGGCCAAGCUAUAUAGCAAGUCUGGGACACAGGCUCUCGGAGUUGACUGCAUGGUGUGAGAAAUUGCACGCAGAGACUGAGCAAUUACUGUGGACUAGAGACAGACAAGCACGAGCUGACGCACGCAUACUGCAGACCGACAGAAUCACCCUCGCGAAGAUCCAGAAGGUCUUGUCUUUGGUCAAGUCGACAGAGGCCAGUGCAUUGAAAGCAUACAAUAUGGCUAAAGCGGUCGGAGCGAAAAUGGAAGAGCAACCUCGGUCGAAGCGUGUUGGGUUCUUAGGACCUGUUCCUGUUCCUCCAUUUGAUGAUGAUGUACUCUCUCCAAAAGCUGGGCUGCGAUUCGCAUCCACGUUCUCACAUUUUGAGCCACGACGUUCGGGGGAUGGACCUCGCUACGAGGGCGACGAUUUCUCUGACCGCAAACUCUUUCCCUUCGGAAGCGAUGUACGCGACUACCAAAAGUACGAGGAUUUUCCCUCUCCUGCCCAAGUAGAUCCACCUCGCAAGAGAGCUCAAUCUACUUCACGUGUGAGAAGUAUUUCUAAACACCGUACUGCUGUGGAGAAAACCCGCAAGCCAACAUCUUUAUGGUGGACACUUCAAUGGAAUCUCGUCAAACUGCUGCUUCUGCUUAAGCUGUUGCUUAUUUUUUGGCAAUGCUUGACUAGGAUUACGCCAAUGGAGCGCCGGGCCUCUUUUCGAUUGGUGGAGGAAUUUAAACAUCAGUUAUGUCAAAUUCCAGGUACUUCGAUGGUUCUCAAUUGCAACCUACACAAUAGCGAUGCUUUGGGACCGGCUCAGAAGUCUAUCAACUAUCUGAUCCCCGGGGCUGUCCACGCCAUCUCCAGGGAUACGAAUACCAUUCCGGACGCUCUGGAUGCUAUAAUUUUGUUCCAGGGCGAUGCACUGGAGUUUUACCACAGACCUCGCAAACCGAGAACAACAGUCUACAAACUCACAUCCAACGUCCGCACCGACUUGCUCCGCCUCGUGGACGACAGAGAUAGAUUUUUAAAGCAGAUCAACAGUGAUGCAACCAAGAUCGUCCAAUCAUACGAUCCACGAGCUAAGUCUACGGCUCCUUGGACUAAUAAUCAAUACGCCGUUACCAACACUAUUAAAAGCUGGUUCGAACCACUAGAGCAAAUGUCAUAUCGUAUAGAUAGACUUGGCACUUCAUGCGAUACACUCUACAAACAUACACAACGCCUAAUCUACACCGCGGAUAACCCCACCGAUAGCAAAUCAAUCUGGCUAACAACCUCCAAGCCCAAGCCCAAAUCUACAUUCCCACGUAUGCAUCAAGACCACAAAGCCCUCCUCGAUAAACUCAUCCAAACGUCUUCGGCAUUGAAAAAUGCACAAGCCAGUAUCCGCAGAGCAUAUACCUUUGCCAGAGCUGCUGAGAAGGAGAUGAAAGCGCAAAGAUCAUCAUUGCGUAAAACAGCAUAUACUCAUGGUAUUUCCUCUUUCGAUGGUAAAAUCGUUGAUGCGUUUGAAGAAGCGAGGAUAUUGGCAGGGACACCGGGAGGUGGAAAGUCUUUAUUCACUGGUGCUAAAGUCAGACUUUUGACAUAUGUUGAAUGGUUGUUGGAAGAGGUUGGGAAGGAAUAGUGGGACAUGAGAUAGAUGAUAUGGAGGUAAAGAGAGAAUUAGAAUGGCAGAUAGAUGACAUUGUAACGAUAGCAGUUUAUCAGGUGGUGUUUUUUUGCGUAUAUGUCUUUCAAGGGAGUGACAUGUUGCAAAGUGCGAGAUCGAAGCUCGAGCUCGUAAGAGUCGCCAAGAUUUCCAU